GAUUUUCACAAAGACCUUGCCAGCAAAUAAAGUGGAAUAGUCAGAUGCGUGUUUGUGGAGGACGUUCGCCUAGAAUUCUAGCAACUUCCUGCAUGUUAAACUUUCGGCAGCACUGAUCUGGGGGCAGAGCAGGACGCUUUCUGCGGGAACUGAGACUCGUGACAGCGCUUGGCGUUUCCAGCACAGUGCGCAGUCCCGGGGGCUCCUUCGGUGGCAGGCCACCUGCGCAGGCCGCCCCCGCCCCGGGCCCUGCGCGCCCGCCCCUCUUCCAGGGCCAGGGCAGGUUUUCAGGAACACAGGCGGCUCUGUCUCUGUGAACAACAGCUCUCCUUACUGGGCAGCUCCCGUCGGCCCCAGCCGCGCUCUCCGGGUCCCGCCGGGGAGGUGCGGGUCACCUGAUCGCUCCGCGUUCCUCGCAUUCCUCCGCCUCGGGCCGCUGCGCCCGUCCGUCCGCGGAGCCGCCACGCAGGUGCAGGUGCGCCGAGCUGCAGGGAGUGUCCACGAAGACCCAAAGUCUGGACUGCAACAGCCUGGCGUGGAUCAUGAAGGGCCUCCUGCUGUGUUUUCCGUCACUAACCUCCGACCCCUGAGCGUAUGGCUUGGGGUCUGGGGAGGGUCCACUGAUCAAACCCCUCAUCAUGCAUCAACUGUUCAGGCUGGUUUUGGGACAAAAAGAUCUUUCACGUGCUGGGGACCUCUUCUCCUUAGAGGACUCUGAGAUUGAAGACAGCCUGACAGAAGCUUUGGAGCAGAUUAAAAUAAUUAGCUCAUCUUCAGAUUACCAAACCAAUAACAACGACCAGGCAGUGGUUGAAAUCUGUAUCACAAGAAUCACAACGGCCAUCAGAGAGACAGAGUCCAUUGAGCAACACGCCAAGGCCCUUGUGGCGCUCUGGGAGUCCUGCCUGGAACACAGCCUGAGGCCCUCGGGGAGGGACGAGGACACUCCUCAUGCGAAAAUCGCGUCUGAUAUCAUGAGCUGCCUUUUACAGAAUUACAACCGGCCCCCUGUGAUGGCAUUAGCCAUCCCCAUUGCCGUGAAGUUCCUCCACAGAGGCAGCAAGGAACUGUGCAGAAGCAUGUCCAACUACCUGUGCCUGGCUGCCAUCACCAAGGCAGAUCUCCUGGCCGAGCACACUGAGGUGAUAGUAAGGAGCAUACUUCAAGGAAAUGCCAUGUUGUUGAGGGUGUUGCCUGCCGUGUGUGACAAGCAGCCCCAGCCGAUCCGCCGACACCUGACCGGCCUCCUGGCCUUGAUGCCUCAGCUGGAGCAGCCGGAGCAGUACCACCUCCUGCGGCUCCUGCACGUGGCGGCGAGGAGAAGGCCACUGGAGGUGGUUCAGAAGUGUGUUCCUUUCCUAAUCAGGCAUCUGGAGGAUGCAACCCACAGUGACGUCAUCCUAAACAUCCUCACAGAGAUUGCAGGCUACGAGCCAGCGGCGCUGGACAGCUUCCUUCCAAGGCUGAAGGAGAUUGGGGAGAGGUUCCCCUGCCUCAUCAGACAACUGGCCAGGAUCUAUGGCGCUGUCGGGCACGUGGAUGAAGAGAGAGCCAGGAGCUGCCUGCCGUACCUGGCGAGCCAGCUGACCAGCACGGAGCACUCCUUCCACCACGUCCUCCUGCUGGAGAUCAGGAGCAUCGCUGAGGCCUUCUCCAGCAUCCUGGGCCCUCGGAGCAGAGACAUCUUCCGCAUGAGCAACAGCUUCGCCACCAUUGCCAGCCUCCUUUCCCAACAGCUAGAAAACGCCACGGUGGAGAGUGGCAGGAGGAAAACCAGCACUGAACAUGGAUUCCCUGAGAAACUGGGAGACACCAAACUCGUGGAACCUGGAAAGGAGGAUCAGGACAAACUCCAAGUUAAAAUCCAGGCUUUUGAAGACAAAAUACUUGCAGAAGGCAGUGCCCCUGGCUCUAUCAGAAGACACAGCUUGGGCCAAGUUUCUAAGGAAGAAAGAAAAACCAUUAGAUUUAAUAGGUCAAAGAGCUUGGCUUUCCACACUGCGCUCACCAGGGGUGUGAGUUCAGAUGACGGGGAAGGAGAAGAGCCUGCAGGGAUGCCCGGCAGCCACUCCCUUUCAGAAAUAGCUCCCUUUAGCCACGAAUGUGGCAAGUCACCCCUGAAGAUGGACACGGUGGGGCCCCAGCCAAGAAAUUCCUCAGCUUCGCACCCAAGUAUAAUACACAUAGCACCUAAGGAUUUGCCAGAAAUGGUGAAGGAGAACUUCCAGGAAGAGACGCCCGAGAUGACCAGGAGUCCUGUAGAAUACCAAGACAAGCUCUACCUGCACCUGAAGGAAAACCUCAGUAAAGUGAAGGCGUAUGCCACGGAAAUGGCACGGAAGAUUCCAGUCCCCGACCAGUGCACCAUCGAAGACACUGUGAGGAGCUGUGUGGCGAAGCUGUUCUUCACCUGUUCCCUCAAGGGUCAUUACUGCCUGUACAGUAAGUCCAGUUUCAUCCUCGUCAGCCAAGAGCCUCAGCCGUGGAUCCAGAUCAUGCUUCUAUUUCAGCAGAGCCUGUUUCCUGAGCCCCUGUCCAUACAGAGCCGCUCCGUGCAGUUCCUCAGAGCCCUGUGGGAGAAGACCCAGGCAGGAGGCGCCCACAGCUUCGAAACCGCCAUGACAGAGUCCACGUUUCCACAGCAGAAGGAUCUGGACCAGGUUCAGCUCCGCCUGGAGGAAGUGCGGUUCUUUGACGUGUUUGGCUUCAGUGAAGCGGCGGGAGCGUGGCAGUGCUUCAUGUGCAACAACCCUGACCGAGCCAGCGUUAUAAACCAAGAUGGCCAGCCUCUCAUCGAAGGGAAACUUAAGGAGAAGCAAGUCAGAUGGAAGUUCAUCAAAAGGUGGAAAACUCGUUACUUUACACUGGCUGGAAAUCAACUUCUGUUUCAAAAAGGAAAGUCUAAAGAUGAUCCUGAAGACGCCCCAAUAGAGCUCAGCAAGGUACAGAGUGUGAAAGCUGUGGCCAAGAAACGCAGGGACCGCUCUCUCCCUCGGGCUUUUGAAAUCUUCACAGACAGUAAAACCUACAUUUUCAAGGCCAAGGAUGAGAAAAAUGCAGAAGAGUGGCUGCAGUGCCUCAGUGUGGCAGUUGCCCAAGCAAAAGAGAGGGAAAACAGAGAAGUGACCACGUAUCUGUAGGGACUUAACGCCAGCCUCCCCUGAGCAUGCCCAGUGGGCGUUGCCGUGGCAAGAAAAGGAGAGAAAUGCACCAGGUCAGGCUGUGUCUCACUACGUACCAGUGAGACGGUCGUCCUAGGAAGCGCCUGCAAUGGCAGGGUUCUCAGUAGGCUUCACGCCCUAAUGCCUGCUGUCUUAACUCCAGGAAGCAGCAGGAGCCACAGAGCACACACCCUCAGGGUGUCAUUCUAGAAUUGACUUCCAAUGCCCCAUGCCCUGGUAUUACACUCCACCACGUGAGUGUGGGUAGGACCUGACACUGGUUUCUAACCAAAAAAAAAAAAAACAUGAUAAAAGCAAUGUAAUAUUCUCUCCCAAGAUAAUGUCAUAAGAAAAGUGAAGAGAGUUUUGCGGAUGUAAUUAAGAUCCUUUAAUAAACUGGUUUUGAGUGAAUCAAACAGAUAUUUUCCUGGAUGGGCUUGACCGAGUCAGGUAAGUUCUUUAAAACAGGGUGAGCAAGUCCACAGUCUUCCUCCUGGCCUUAAAUAAGCAUGCUGCCAUGUGUUCUGCUGCCGCAAGGAAACUGAGUUUACCAUCAACCACUUGAUCUUGGAAGAAGACUCUCAACUUCAGAAAAGAGCCUAGUGCCAGGUCACCACCUUGACUGCAGCUUCACGGAACACUGAGCAGAGGACUCACUAAGCCACGCUUGGACUCCUGGCCCACAGUAAUUUUAAGAUAAUCAAUGUAUGCUGUUUAAACAGCUAAAUCUGUGGUAAUUUGUUAUACAGUGAUAAUUAAUACAGAAGCUCACUUGGAAUAUACAGAGGAUAACUUUUUAUUUAAAAUUUAUUUAUCAUGUAGUUUAAUCUAGAACUCUGGAGAAAGAGUACAGUCAAUACCUUGACUCCACCGCUAAUUCACUGGGACAGGAAACAACAACAACAAAAAUCAUGUUUGAGGAAAGAAACAAUUUUAACUUGUAAAGUUUGAGGACAUUGUGAGAUAUAGAAGUUAUUAUACAUUGGAAAUAGAGUUCUAGAGGUCAAAGUUUGGCUUUGCUGGGUAUACAGGUAGUUGCUAAAGAUGCAGAAUUAAAUGAAAUUAUGCAAGGAGAAUAAGAAAGAAAAUAAUUAAUAGGGACCCCUUGGGGCACCAGCAUUUAAACAAAGGCAGGCUGGAUUCAUGGUUAACAUUCAGAGAUGAUGUAGGCCGAGCCACAGAAGCCAAAUUAAUGAUUUCCAGAAAAAGGGAGGGAUCAACAAUCUGAAAUGCUAAAGAAAAGUCACUCAAGAUAAAGUUAGACUUUCUCAGUUAAAAAGCAAUCGAUAUCAUUGGUAAGAACAAUGUCCCUGGAGUGAACUGAAGAAUCGUUGGAAGUCAGGAAUUCAUAGUAACAAUUGGACUAAACUUUCAAAAGGAUGGGGCUAAGAUGAAAGGACUAGCGUUGAGGGUGUUUUCUUGCUUGUCUUUUAAGAUGAAUACAUUUUAAGAGAAAAAGAAAGAAAAAUACAGAGAGCAAGGGAUUUGAAGAACAAAAGAAACAAAGAACAAGAAAAAGAAAAGAAAAUCAACUUUGCUAGAGCAAAAUUUCCAGAUGUGAUAGAAGUCAAUUAAAACUUCUAUAGUCAGCAGCAAUGUAUUCAGCACUUACUGUACUAUACUUGGCUUAGAGAUUCAAAAAUAAAAAAACAACUUCUCUCUUCAAGGAUAAGUAUAACGGAGACAGACACAUGCAACAAAAUUAAAGUGCUGUGUGGGAAGAGCGUUGGUGGAGUUUUGCCCAGGGGCCUACAGAAACACGGAAAAUGCUGUUGUAAUCGACUUGAAACCCAGAAUGCCUCUCAGUUUCCCAGAGGUGGCAGGAGAUGAGCUAGCCUGAAAGAAGGGCAAGCAAGGAGCAAAGGUUCAGUAGAGGAAAACAUUCUAUAAAGGGAAAAGAGAGUAAGGAAACAUAGUCCAUUUGCAAAGCAGACAGUCCUUAGGAUGAUAAAGGACCAUUCAAAGGUUUUAAGCAGGUUUGCAUUUAGAAAGACAACCCCGACCGUUGUAUGAAAGUGGAUUGUACGGCUAUCAAAACUUGUAUCAGGGAGACCAUUUUUUGCAAUGAAGGUGGAGGCUCUAAGUGGGGCUCUGGAGUGGUGUCACAUCAGAGGAGAUAGAAAUGGUUCUGUGGUUUGGAUGUGGUUUGAGUGUGUCCCCUAAGAGUUCAUACUGGGAUCUUGGUCCUCAGUGGGCAGUGUUGGGAGGUGGUGUGGAAACUCUAAGAAGCAGGGCCUAGUGGGAAGUACGUAGAUCAUGGAGGGCAGUACCUCUAGAAAGGGCUGUUAUAAUGAGCAAGACUGACACUUCCCUAGCCACUCUGGUUUUCUGUCUGGCUAUGUGAUUUCUUCCUCUUACCACUGAGAUGCCAUCUGCCAUAAGGUCCUCAUUAGAGUCAGGCCAAGUCCAGUUUCAUGCCUUUGAACCUCCUGAAUUGUGAACUAAAUAAACCUCUUUUCUUUACAAAGUUUCCAGCCUCAGAUAUUUUAUUAUAGUAAAGGAAAAUGGA